CCAACUAAAUCACUAAAUUAACUUUGCGACUAAUCUCUCAAAAAAGAAUAAAUAUGCAGUGUUGUCGAUCUAUUCGUUUUUUUUUCAGAGGUUUUGUAUCCGCAGAAAAUAAAUAACAGAAGUUCGACGAAUUUUUCUUAUCAAAAUGGCCUCAACGACACCCCCGAGACACGUGCGAGUUGCAGUGACACAAUUUGAACCUGUUUGGCUCGAGUUACAAAAAACCGUUGACAAAACUUGCGUUCUCAUCAAAGAGGCAUCUGCCAAUGGUGCACAGCUGGUCUCAUUCCCCGAAUGUUGGAUCCCCGGGUAUCCUUCAUGGAUAUGGUAGCAUUUUCUCUCAUCCUCUAUUCCCAAGCUCCACUAACGAUUAUCAUCUCUUCAAGGACUCGAAGUGUCGAUUUCGAUCUCUCCACUACCUAUAUCAAGAAUUCACUGCGCGUUGAUUCACCCGAAAUGAAGCACAUCUGUACAGCAGCAAAGGAAUUCAAUAUCUCAGUCGUAUUAGGUUUUAGCGAGAACUUCAACCAUAGUCUUUAUAUCUCUCAAGCAAUCAUCGAUCAAGAAGGUAUUAUACAAAUAUUGCGUCGAAAGCUCAAGGCUACACAUAUGGAAAGGACCGUAUUUGGCGAAGCAUCCGGUUCAUCCUUGAAAAACGUUGUUGAGCUUCCGGGACUGGGUCGUGUAGGCGCUUUGGCUUGCUGGGAACAUGCAUUACCUCUACUUAAAUAUCAUACUUAUAAUCAGAACGAAAGUAUUCACGUGGCGCAAUGGCCACCUGUUCCCGAGCAUACGGGAGGACAGGGUCUUUGGUCUAUGUCUAGAGAUGGUAGGUCUACCCACACACACAUACCCCAAUAGAUGUAAUCGCGCUAACGGAAUAUCCUAGGGAGUAGAGCACUCUCGCAAUCAUAUGCUAUGGAGUCGCAAUCAUUCGUUCUACAUACUACCGCAGUAUUAAGUCAGGAAGGUAUCGAUAAAAUGAACACGGGAGGAGGUCUCGUGAUGAAUGUACCCGGUGGAGGUACAUCUGCUAUUUUCGGACCCGACGGUAGGAAAUUGUCUGAAGAUUUACCGGAGACGGUAGAGGGAUUCAUCUAUGCCGAUCUGGAUCUGGAUGAUAUUAUUAGGUGUAAGGGUUUCUUGGAUGUUUGUGGUCAUUAUAGUAGACCGGAUUUGUUGUGGUUAUGUGUGGAUGAGAGGGAGAGGGUUCCGGUGGGUGGGGUGAAGAUUGGUUGAUUGAAUGUGCUAAAAUGGCUCUUCUAAUCUGUGUGUCAUUUAUCGUAUUAUAAAUUUAUAAAAAACUCUAUAUAUAAGCCGCAAAAAUUAUGCAUACCUAUCCGCUAUACCAGAGCUAUGAUGGCGAGUCUCAGG